UAGAAGUUAGUACAACAACCGGAACUUCAACCACUUAGGAAGAUAGAUUCUCACCUAUGGCAUCAACAAGUUAUGUUUUAUUGAUUGAGUUAUCAUAAUACAAAUGGUAUAAUAUAGGCAUAGUAGUAUGAGAAGGUAAGUGGAUUAACAGUUUGCCCAUGACUGGAUAGACUAGUAGUAGUGCAAGGCAGAGCUCCAGUUUAUGAAAGCAGCAAAGAUACUCUUUGGAAAGCGAAUCGAAUUCAGCUUCUACAUCAUACGGUUAAGUGAGCGUUUUUAAUGUGGGAAUGAUUGUUCCUUCUGGACAGUUAGCAGUUCUACAGCAGAGCAUUUGUCUUUUGAACAUUGAAGUCUUGGGAUAAUAUUUUUAGCUAUGGGAAGCUCAUCCUCGAAAAAUGGCAGUAAUGGCACGCCAGUAGAUAGCAGUGAUGCACCUACAAGUAGGAAGUCCAAAGGGAGUCCGACAGGUAAAGGUGGUGUUAGCAAACAGGUGUCCGACACACCUGUGGAAGUUGCAGUAUGCAAAGUAGAUGAUAUGAAAGAUGGGGAGAUGCGGGAAGUGGCAGUUGGAUCAGGGAAAGCUUUGCUUAUCCGUGAACAUGGAGAAUUCAGCGCCAUUGGACAUAAAUGCUCUCAUUAUGGUGCUCCGCUAAUCAAAGGUGUCCUUUGUAAUGGCCGUGUGCGGUGUCCCUGGCAUGGUGCCUGCUUUAACAGCAAGACAGGUGAUAUUGAAGAAUCUCCUGGUCUUGAUAGUGUGCCUAUGUUUGAGGUCAGAGUUGAAGGGGAUGAUGUCAUUGUGUGCUCCAAGGGGAAGGAAUUUGACUCGUAUAAAAGAAUAAAAAGUAUGAGCUGUCAAUCACCAGAUGAGGACAACAAGAUACUAAUCAUUGGAGGAGGUGCUGCUGCUAUUACCUGCGCAGAGAUACUGAGACAGGAAGGGUUCAAAGGUCAGCUAGUGAUGGCCACGAAAGAGGGCCAUGUACCAUAUGAUAGGCCUAAAUUAAGCAAGGCACUUGAUACCACUGCCGACGCCCUUGCUCUGCGGAAGGCAGAUUUCUUUAGCGUUUAUGACAUCGACGUGAAGACCAGUAUGGAAGCAGUGUCUGUUGACACAAUGCUGAAUUCUGUGAAAUUCCAAAAUGGAGAAUCAUUAGUUUAUGAUACACUGGUUGUAGCAACAGGUGGCAAACCCCGAGUGCUUUCCAUACCGGGAGCCGAUCUUGAGAACGUAUGCUUACUGCGUACUCCAGAGGAUGGCAACCAUAUUGUGAAUAAUGCUAGAGAUAAGAAUGUGGUUAUUAUUGGAGCUUCAUUUAUAGGUGUAGAAGUUGCAGCUUAUUUAGCCAACAAAGCAAGUAGUGUGACAGUAAUUGGAAGAUCUUCAGUGCCAUAUGAAUCUAGUCUUGGCAAAACUAUUGGUGGCGCUCUUCAAAAACUUUGUGAAGAGAAGAAUGUAAAAUUCAUAAUGAACAGUGCAGUGAGUGAACUUAAAGGGGAGGAAGGAAAACUGACCGAGGUUGUAUUGAAAGAUGGACAGAUCUUACCCGCUGAUGUAUGUGUUGCGGGUAUUGGUGUCACGCCAUCGACAGAGUUCUUGAAAGACAGUGGAGUUGCACUGAAUGAUUGGAAUGCAGUGGUAGUUGAUAAGACUAUGAAAACUAACAAACAGAAUAUAUAUGCAGCUGGAGACAUCGUUGAGUUUCCACUUAGCAUUGCCAAUGAUGCAAAGGUUAAUAUUGGACAUUGGCAGAUGGCUCAUGCCCAUGGUCGCACAGCAGCUUUGAAUAUCUUGGAGCAGGAGACUGAAGUCAACAGUGUGCCUUAUUUCUGGACACAACUUUUUGGGAAAAGUUUGCGUUUUGCUGGUUACAGUGUUGGUGCCGAUGAUGUAAUUAUUGACGGAAAUAUGGAAGAACUUAAAUUUGUUGCAUAUUACACAAAGGGUGAUUGUGUUGUCGCAGCUGCCAGUAUGAACUGUGACCCAGUUGUGUCACAGUUCGCCGAGUUUUUGAUGAGCGGGAAAGAUCUACUCAAAUCAGAAAUACAAUCUGAUCCCUCGUGUUGGAAAUGCAAGCUGUAAAGUAGAAAUGUGAACUCAGCAAGAGCUGUCCAUCAUCCUAACAAUAUAUAAACACAGAAUGAACUAAUAUUUACAGGGUGUAAUUAUGUCAAUUAUUACAAUGUUGGUUCGUCUAAACUUAUUUCUCAUGGUUAUACAUUGAUAUGUUAUUGCUUAUGAAAAUUCUACUGAGCUUUCACACAGGUUUUCCACUUGAUAGGUUUUGAAAAAGUUACAGGUGAAAGUAGACUAUACUGGCAGUCAUUGCCAUUGUAGAUGCAUUUCUCAGCAUGUUGUAAUGCUGUCAUCCAGGUUAAUAAAGACAUUGUAUUUUGAUUGAUUGAACUGUAUUGAACCAUGUUUCAAAUGGGAAGCUCAUUAAAGCAAUGCUGUUAAUUCUGAUAUUAUCAUUCCAUAUGUAGAACAAAUGAUAUAUAUUAUAGAAAACAAAUAAUGUAUUAAAACAUCAUAGAGUACUUGAAUUAUAAUUGCUAUUAUAAUCAUUAUAACAUAUUUUGUAUGUGUUAGACAUUGGACAAUAAUCUUAACCAUACAUUAUUGUAUAUUAUCGUUAUGAUAUACUGUUGAGCUUGCCUAAGUCGAAUCCAAAAUGCCAUUGAAGAAUUGUUCGCCUUAGAUAAAAUUUGACUUACAGAUUGUUAGUGGAAAACACAAUUUCACAUGUAAACUAAGU